AUGCCCGAGAGAGAGCUGUGGCCAGCAGGGCCUGGCUUGGAACCCGUGACCCGCAUUGGCAGCUGCGAUAGCAUGAUGAGCACCACCUCCACCCUCUCUGGAUCUAGUGACAGCAGCUACGACUUCCUGUCUGCUGAAGAGAAGGAGUGUCUGCUCUUCUUAGAGGAAACCAUUGGCUCAUUGGACACCGAGGCUGACAGUGGACUGUCCACUGACAAGUCUGGGCAAACCACAACUCCCCGAGGUCCCCGAACACUGCCCACGACCCAGCCUGCCGCCCAGGGACAUCCGAAAGAGACCGUUCAGCAAGGAACGGAGCCAAAAAGAGUGACUCCAUUCAGCUUGUCUCAUCUGCCCGAGCCUCAAAGCCUGGGCCUCAGGUCUGGCUCCUGCAGCCUUCCCAGAAAUAUCCACAUCGGCAGAAACCAAAUCCUCAGAAAAAGCACCACACAGACUAACAGCCACAUCCCAGGGGUAUCUGACGGGCUUGUCCCAGGGCCUGAGAAAGAGCAGGUGGGCCAGAGCAGGGAGCCCCCCAAGACACCAACGGGCCCCGGGGACGCUGCCCUUGAUCUGGACAGGGCCUUCAUUCCCCCACCAGAGGCCUUCCGGGACACCCAGCCAGAGCAGCGUGGGCAACACGGCCAGCCCAGACAGCCAGGGGAGCUGAGGCCCAGGCCCCAGGUCCACACAUCACUCAGCCUCCAGCAAAAAAGAGAGACCACUUCAGAGGCCAUGUCCCAGAAAGCCAAUGAGGAAGGCUCAACCGGGGAACCUGGACAACCUCGGCCUCUUCCAGCUGUGUCCUCUCAGAAUGCAAAAGAUGAAGAUGUUCCUGUCCCAUCAGAGGGGGGUCCAAAUGCCCGGCUGGCUCCCCUCACAGCCCCUAAGCCACGGAAGCUGCCAGCAAAUAUUGUUCUGAAGAGCAGCCGGGGUGGUUUCCACAGUGAUCCCCAGAACCGGCUGUCUUGCCACUCGGAGGCUGGCCCUGGAGACUCGGGCCCCACCUCGUCAUCACUGCAGGAGCAGAGGAGAGCACGCAGGGAAGCGCUGGAGAAGCUGGGGCUGCCCCAGGACCAAGAUGAGGCCAGCGCCCACUUAAGUAGGCCCUCCAUCAGGUUCAGGGAGACUCGCACUCAGGCCCCCUCCCCGGCUCCGGCUCCACCUGUGGUUCCAGCUCAGGUCUCAGCAGUGACAGGAAAGGCUCCAGCACCUGCACCAAUGCGGGGACCUUCUCCAGUGAAAGCUCCGGGUCCGGCUCCAGCUCAGCCAUCUUCUCCAGGCAACGUUUUGGUUCCCGCCCAGGAACCCACUCCAGGGAAAGUUCCAGCUGACAAAUCCAUGCCAAUUCCUAUCCCUAAGGCCCCACGGGCAAAUAGUCCCCUGACUCAGCCAAAGCCAGACUCUGGGCUGACUCUCCAGGAGAGCGGCAUCCCUGGCCUGAGACAGAUGAACUUCAAGUCCAACACGCUGGAGCGUUCAGGCGUGGGGCUGAGCAGCUACCUCUCAGCGGAGAAAGAUUGCAGCCCCAAAACCAGCACCUCUCUGGGAAAAGGCUCCUUCUUGGACAAGAUCUCACCCAACGUCUUGCGAAACUCCCGGCCGCGCCCGGCCUCCUUGGGCACCAGGAAGGACUUAGAGGGUAUCCAGGUGGGCAAGUUGGCCAACCCGGAGCAUGAGCUGGGUUCCAAGCGCCUGUCCUACCAAGGACAGAGCCGUGACAGGCUGCCUCGACCCCCCUGUGUCAGUGUCAAGAUCUCCCCAAAAGGCGUGUCUGAUGAACAAAGAAGGGAGGCUCUCAAGAAGCUGGGCCUGUUGAAGAAGUAG